GGUACGAUACAACUGCGAGCCAUGCUUGCCUGAGCGAACUCGUUGACUAGAUAUUGACCCUUUGCCCUCUGCUCGGAUUACCGAAGCAUGACAUCUUCCAGCGUUCUCAGAGAGCUAGAAGAACUAAGGCAGAUGCUUGAUGAGCCACGCAAAACUUUCAGCCCACUAAAGACACUUCGGGAAAUUGCGACUCCUCGGGCUGCCGUGGACCCCAUGCGGACCUACUCAACGGCGCUUAAUAGCGCAGAGAAGAGCGUCGACCGGCUAGGCCGGGCCAUUGAGGCGGCCGAGGAGGAGAUGGACGCAGCUUUGAAGCGCACGACGGAAAUUCAUCGCAGCCAGCUGAAGCAGAAGGAGCUUGAGAACUUGGAGCUACAGCGGGUCAUUGGCGCCAAGGAGCGGUCCAUCGACAGCCUGCGGGACACUCUUGCAACCACAAAGCGCACAUAUGAGAGCAAGCUCUCUCAGGCUGAGUCUGCGCUCGCACUAAAGGACGCGGAGAUUAAGGCUCUGUCUGAGGAGCUGCGUGUGUCGCGGCUGGAGCGAGAUUCCAUGGGCCUGCAGAUGGAGCGAGUGGAGGCGAGCAGGCGCGCACUCGAGGUUGACGCGCGGGAGCGGGAGGCGGAGCUGGGGGCGGACGUGCGCUCCAAGAGCGACGAGGCCGCCAAGGCACUGAUGGCGCUGCGGUACGAGAAGAAGGAGAAGGAGGACUGGCGGCUGCAGAGUGAGGACCUGCGGCGGCAGCUGCAGGUUAUGCAGGACGAGCUGCGGGCGCAGAAGGAGGAGACCGCGCUGACCAAGGACCGCUAUGAGGCUGAGCUGCUUGAGACGCGGCGCCGCGCCGCUCUGGAGGUGGAGGAGGCGCGGCGGCGUGUGGAGGGCGAGGCGGAGGACUUCCGGCGGCGCUGCGAGGCGGAGCUGGAGGACAUGCGGCGGCGGCUGCGGUCGGAGAAGAACCUGCGCAAGGCGUGCGAGAAGUGGUUGCGCUCGGAGCUCAAGUCGCGGGAGGAGAUGGAGCUGCUUCUGGCGGCUGUUAAGGACGCCGCCACAGGCCGCUCCGUGGCCGCCGACACCGCUCAGGUGGAGGCGCUCAUCGACCGCCUGCGCAUCGGCGGGGGCGGGGGCGGCGGCAGCCCCUCGCCCACACGGCAAACGCGCAGCCCCUCGCUCAGCCCGCGCGGCGACGGCCACACCGUGACCUCGGUGAGCGCCCUGGCGCCGCCGCCGCCGCCUGCAGCGUCGUCGGGCGCGGGCGCGCGUGCGCUGGAGUUGGACUUGCUGCGCCGAAAGCUGGAGGAGGACAACAACCGCCUCAAGGGGGAGCUGCUGGCGGCGAAGCGCAUGCUCACGGACCGCCUGAAGGUGUAAGGGGGUGUUUGCGGGGGCAGGCGUGGGGGGCGGGGAGGGGGUUAAGUGGACUCACAUUCCAAGUAAACGGAGGGGGGGCUGCGGAGAAGCCUGGGUUUGGAGGCGAGGGGUUGGAGCAGUCAGGCAGAAGUACAGGUCUGACCAAGUGGUUGACAGAGCAGAGCCUGUCUGGCACAGUCCCUUGUGAGGAUUCUUUCUGAGAGUGUGCAUGACAGCACAUGACCCCGGCAACUGCAACACAAAAGAGUGUAAUAAUUCAGGGCA